AAUUUCGAGAUAUGGAAGCGGCAACUUCUGUUGGUUUUCGAAUGUGUCGCAUAGCGUUUAAACCUAAAAAUUAAUAGUCGCAGCAACAAAUAUGACAUAUGUCAAAAAAUGAAUUGUAACCGGUACGUUACCAACAAACACCAUAAAAUUAAUGUCACGAACGAGACGAUGGAAUAACACUACGAUACGUAUAUAAACUCACGAACAAUGUCGUCGGUCAUCCUUUCGCACGACUCGCAUUUAAUGAUGUUAGAAAUUGCUGUGGAAAACUUGUUUGUCCCGUGGACCACGGCGUUUGACAAAGUCAUCUUGAAGAAGACGAUCGUCAUGUUUCGCAUGCUGGAUAAGGACUGGACAUCGCUAUCACCGAACCGACAUGAUUAUCGUCCUUAUCAAGGUUCCAACUAUGAAAACGAGAAAUUUUAUGGCGGCAGAUCCGUCGUCUUCGCCGUGCCGACGGAUUUCUUCGAGAAAGAAGCGAGUGGUGUUCAUGUUCAGUUAUACGUUCAGAAACAAGUGUGCAAGUAUUUUGAGAUGGUCUCGCGCCAGAGAAUCGGCUUCGUUGCUGUGUCGGUCGAUAAUCUGCUGAACAGCAUCGCCAAACAGGUCCGCGAGCGGAAUGAAUUGGCGGAACAUUUGUCGGACUUUUACAAACGCCAGAUUAUUUCGAGGUCUAUGAUGGGAACAUAUAAUUUGUUGGACGAGAACUUCCGGAAUACCGCCGCCACGAUUUCGCUCUACAUUCGGAUCAGUUAUCUCGGCAAGUGCCUCAUAACGGAGAUCACACGAGUCAAAAGUAUGCGCGGAGCGUUUUACACUCGCGGAGACUCAGACGAGAAACAACCGUAUUUCUCCCGACAGCUGACAUUGAAGGAGCUUCAAAGCGGUCGCUGGGACGAUGGUGGUUUGCCCCGUGUGCCUUACGGUCGUUUAAUAUGCCGCUGUGAGGAGCUCGUUAAAAAGGAGGCCGCGGAUUUAGCCAAAGUUGCUGUGAAGACUGCCGCGAUUGAAAGAGAAAAAGAACCUGCUGAUGCAGUUGCAGAUUUUGCUGCCGCGGUUGAAAGAGAGAAAGAACCUGCUGAUGCAGUUGUAGACUCUAUUGCGAUUUCCACAAAAGUUGAUGAGAAUGAUGUUGCAAUUAAACGGAGAAAAGUACUUGCUGAAGAGGUUGCUGCAAUUGAGGGAGAAAAUUUUGAUGCAGUAGAUGUUGCUAAAAUUACUGCGGAUGCUGCCACAAUUAAAAGAAGAGAAACACCUGCUGAUUAUGGAGUAUUAGACGAUGGAACAGAUGCAGGCGCAGAUGUGAAUCCACUCGCAAGUGCGUAUGAGAGAACUACGACUCCAAUAAUGGCAAUCGAUGCUGGAGUAAUUGAUGAUGAGCAAGGCAACAUAAGGGGUCUUCUCAUUUCUCCAACUGAAGAUGCCAAGGCAGAUGCCAAGGCAGAUGCUUCUAUAGAUGCUGCUACGACAGCGAAAACGAAAGGAUACGCGAUAAAGGACAAUGGAGAAAGGGCUUUCAAGAAAGUGCCGAGCAAAUCGAAGCGCGGAAGAAACAUGGUGACAAUCGGUAUCACGGAAAGAGGAAAGAGAAUUUCUCCUUCUUCGUCGCAUCUUUUCUCGCCUCUGCAAACGUAUCCUUUGUGCUGUCAAUUGCAACCACAUCUAACUUGUUUCACCGAUUGCUUCGACGUUUUACCCUGUUAUUGUUAUUGGACAGCCUGUUCUCUUCAAUUCUUUCACAGUGCGUAAACGAAUUCAAACGGACACCAUGAAGCCCCGUAAUUUACAAGUUAAUAGCUAGUGCUGGUUAGAUAAUUGAUAAAAAUAAAUAUAAAUCAAUUCUUUUUGGAUUUUCAACAUUCACGUAAAUAUCCAUCCGUGAUUGAUUUUGAUCAUUCAAUAUUAUGUCUUUUAUUUUCUUUCUUAUACUUUUCUAUUUCUUUAAUUAUAAAAGAUUUAUUAGCUUCCUAUUUAGUUUUAUUCGAUUAAUAGACUUACCGAUCUGAAAUUAUUCGAUACUGUCAAUAAUAUAUUGCUUAGUAUCUUUCUUGAAUAAAAAUUUUUCCGUUUAUUUCUAGGAAUCGCAAAUAGAUUCGAUUAUCGUUAUUGUGAAAUUAUAAAACUAUCUGCGAAACUAUUUCUGAAAUUUCUUUGAUAUACACAACGAUAAUAAUUUAUGAUGUGAAAGUUUGUGCAUCUUUAUUAGUACAUGCCUUUUUAAUGCAUGCGCAUACGAUCAUUUAUCACAUUAAACACAUUAGAGUAAACAGUGCGUGCUAAAGAUACUUUAGAUACAGGGAAUUAUAACGUGACGUAUCUAAUUGUAAGCAAAAUGAAAUUAAUUCUAUGCAGUCAAGUAUCACAUUGUUAUUUGAGCAAAUCCAGAACACGUACCGUUUUCACAUCGUUCAAUUUCCAUCCAAAUCUGUUUUUCGCGAAUAACAAUUCACGUGUGCCAAAGCAUUUUUCAAUUAGGGAGUAAACGCCGUGAUAAUUUCUCUGUAGCGAUUUUAUACUACAGAAAUAUUGUAUGCAUUUUUAUUCUUAUAAAAUUAUAAUUCCAAUAAUUAAUAAUGACAGUUAAUAAAA